AUCUGAAAGCUUUCACGUGCCAUGGAAACACCACACACACACACACACACACACUCCUCUGUCAACCCAAAGGGUGGAGUGGGUCUUUUGAAGAUGCACACAACCACAAACCCUGAAGGAAGAGGUUGAGGAAAGCAUUUGAAGUCAACCAUGAAUUUUAGAUUCAGUUAGUCUUAGUCAUGUUUAGGGGAAACGUUGGCACUGUAAUGUAAAGCGUUGCCUUUUAUACUCACAUCUUGUAAGUUUAGAGCACGUGUUACAUAUACACAUCUGUUGUCUGAGGAAGGUGGACAUGUAGAAACCCGGGUGUUUUGUGGAUCAUUGGAUGUCUUCAGUCAUGCAGGUUUCGCGUGUCCGCGCGGCGCGUAAAAGCGAGUGGCUCAGAUGCGCUCUCGCGCACCACUUCAAUCCAGAUCACUGCGUGGAAAACGAGAUCGUGGUUUUGGCAACCGGCGUGGACCAGUAUCUCCAGGAGGUGUUUCAUCACCUGGCCUUUUACAACGGUGAUGAUCUCGUCUCGGAUGAGGACUUCAGGAGUCUGUGUUUGAUUUUGGGGAUUCCCGCGAGCGCAGGGACUGAGAAUGGCACCUCAGAACAACUUCCUCGUGUGCUUAACUUUAAAGAAUUCCACGCGCGACUAUGUGGAUUUUUCUCGCUUAAAGCUCAGGAAAGACAGAUUGGAGCUCGACUCCCGGUCAGUGAGGAGACCGAACACAUCGAGCGCGAGAUCCGACUCCGGUGUCCCCGUGUCCGGAGGAGAAAGUGCGUCAGUUUUGAUCUGUCUACCGAUCAUCAGAACCGAAAGAGGUCAGUGAGAAGACCAGGACACUCUCAGAAUCUGAAUCAUUCACAGACUUCUGCUGUGGAAUCCACCAAAACCGCAGUGGAUGUUACCCCUCAGAGGAGAUGGCAGGACCAGCUAGAGUUGGAGAACGCCAGUCUGAGGGAGCUGGUGGAGGACUUGCGUUCAGCCCUGCAGAGCAGCGACGCGCGGUGCAUGGCACUGGAGGUGGCGUUACGCCGGAAAGACGUGCCGCCCCAACGCACUGCUGGUGGAACCCCGGAGAGACAAGACUGCAGCGCUGGGGGCAAAGCAAAAUCACGUCAGUCCAAACACAUGGAAUGGGACACCCGAAGAAGCACUAAAGACCUCCUGCGAGAGCUGGAGCUGAUCCGUGCUUCGCGUGAUGGACAGCUGGAGGAAGCCAUGAGGUUUAACCAGAGGUUAGAGGAAGAGCUGAUGGCAGCUUAUGGAGAGCUCAGCAGGAUGCAGGAGACCGUGGACACCAUCAGGACUGAGAACGCACGGAUUAAGAAGAGGACAGAAGAGGUCAGAGGGUCACUGGCCGCAGGGCUGGAGGGUGUGAAAGCUUUACAAGACCAGGCCAAACGAGCUGACCUGCUCCGAGAACGAGUCCAGAGUCUGGAGAACCAGCUGGAGAAGUUCAGGGCCCAGUGCACGUGCACAGAGCUGAACAUGAACAGAACCGAAACACAAGUUGAACCGUGUAGGUCUGGAUUUCCCUCCUUCCAUGAUGAUGCCCUCAUCAGAAGAGAUGGCCUGCAGAGGUCAGUUGAGGGUCGGGCAGCAUCAGAUGAGGAAGAGGAGGAGAGAGGCAUGGAUGAAGGACAGUGCUGCCACCUGGAGGUCAAACGGUUGAUUAACAGAUUACACAGCUGUGCUAAAGGGUGUCAGAAAGCUGCUAUCUGUCACUGGCUUGUCUCUCAGAGCUCCACUCGCAGCAAAGAAACUAAAGGAUGUGUGUGGGUUCCUCAAGCGGGGGAGAGGGGAAAUGAAGCAGUGGAGAUGAAGCAGAAAGAGGCGGACAGCUUGAGAGUUCAUACUUCACUGCUGGAGGAGAGACUGACUGAUGCGCUCACUUUACUGCUGCAGAUUCCACAUAAAAGAGUCUCUCGGCGGAUUUUGGGGAAAAUACUGAUCAACACACUAGAUCUGUGUAGCAGAAAAAGUCACGACUGCACUCCAGUGUUCCAGGUCGUGGACACACUCUGCCAGCAGCUCCUCUCCAGUGAGCUCCUGGAUGGAGGAGAGGGGGAGGUCUGCAGCGGGUCACGACCUUCUAUGACCUCAGGUCACCCAAACACGUCCAACCCCCUUCUGAUGUCCUGCUGAGAGCUCACAGAUGUCCCGCCUAGGAGGACACUUUCUAUCAGGUGACGUCUCUUCUCUUCUCUGAUGAUGUGUUCACUGGAGCGAGGACGGAGCAACCGGUCACCAAUAGCAAACUACAACCAUCCAAUCAAUUCCCAAUGGGCCAAAAGAAGUCCCGCCCUACAUUUUUUGUUGUUGAAGGCGGUUAAAUCGGAUAUACGGCACAAUAUGGAAGAAAAGACUAUGGCAAACUCUGAUUCAUGCCGACUUUAACCUAUUCUUCUUCAAACACAUAUUUCACAGUCUCCUGAAAUCUUUCCAAGCGUUUACCAUUGUUACGUGCACGACAUGAAUAGGCCAUUAUAAGACGCUUUUGAGUUGUGUGUUACUGUACUUUCUCUGCAAAGCACUUAAUCUGUGUAAGAAACAUUAUGCUCUCAUAUGACCCUCUUAUAAAACAAUUUUGAACAAUUAUAUUUAUGCUACGAAAUAAUAUCAGUUAAAUUUGAUCAAAUAAAAAAAUGCAACUUUUUUUAAAGAGAACAAUUUUUUUGUGUCAGUGAUAUCUGACUGUCACAUGAUGUCAUUACCCGCUGCUCGUUAUGGAACAAGCUCAUGAGAGCUUCACACAGAUUUGACCAGUUCUUAAUUAGAAAGUAAAAAACAUGCGACCUGGUUUGAUAUUUUAUUAUCUAACGCAAUGACUUUUAAGAGGUACUUAAAUGCUUCUUGGUCAUUUAAUAGAAAUAAGAAUAUGUAUAUUCCUGCUACUGUAUAGAUCUUUUGUUUUGUGUUGUGAAGGCCAGAUUACAAAGAGCCUCAGUGUGUGAGUUUGUCUCCGAGUGUGUCAGGCACAUUGUGUUCUGAACCAAUCUCUCAAACAACAUUUCAAUCUUAAACUACAAAAGCAUUUAGACUCCUGAAAUCAUUUUCUAGAAAGCUCUUGAAGCUUCCUCCUCCAUCCAGACAAGCCUUGGCCUCGUUCUAUAGCCUGUCCCCUCUUAUCCGUGUCAAUCCCUAUUAUUCCUAUGCCAAUCCCACUGAGCCGCUCUCAUGCUGGAGCCAGAUCUGCUGAGUUAUGCGAUGGAGGGUUUGUCUUCCUCUGUGUUAUGUUUGAUAAGGAGGGAACAUUGUCUCAGGAAACUCUGAUAGAAGAGGAGCAACAUUGUGAUUCACGGCAGAAAGUGACAAAUGCAAGGUCACUGGAUUAGACGUC